AGCGGCGGCGCCGAGGCCGCGGAGCAGGGUGCUGAAAAUGGCAGGCAGCUCCGCUCCUUGGAUUGGCAGUGCUUAUCUCUUCCUCCAGUCGACAUGCAAGACUAUUGCUCUGCCUUCUCUUUACGAAAGCUCCCAGAAGAAAUGUAGCAUCUUCAAGGCUCUCAAGCUGGCGUUAGCAGACUCCACCGGCAGCCUGAAUGGCGUGGACAUGCUCAAAGUGCACUGCAGCCACCCACACCUGAUAAUCCAGCUCAAGUUCUGCAAGCAGGAGAACUGCCGCCGCUUCCUGCAGAGUUACCGGGAGGGAGCGCUCCAGGAGUCUCUCCAGAAUCACCUGCAGCUCUCCUUGGCCGUGAGCACGGUGCCUCUCAAAAUGGAGCUGAAGGCGGGCAGUGAGCACCUCGACAACAUGCUGAAGGAUGAGGACUUCUGUGUAGAGUGCAUCUACAAAGAAAAGCCCGACCGCCUGAGGGACGAGGAAAUCACAGAGCUGGAGGAGUGUCUCAAGAGCCUGGUUCUUCAGCAGAACAUCAACAGCAGUAUGGCUGCAAAAGACUGCAUGUCUCUGAACUCCCCAUCUCUACCUUACUCUUCUGAAGGCAGCUCCCUUUCCCCAGAAGUCACCUUCGUCUUCCAGGAACAACGGUUUGCCAACAGAACGCUCACCCUAGACGACCAUCAAAAGUUUGCCAAGCUCGUGUCGAAGAAAUGGAAGCAAGUGGGUCGCUCCUUGCAAAAGAACUGCCGUGCCCUGCGUGAUCCUGUUAUUGAUAACCUGGCCCUUGAAUAUGACCGAGAGGGACUAUAUGAGCAAGCCUAUCAGCUGCUUCUCAGAUUUAUCCAGUCGGAGGGGAAGAAGGCCACAAUAGCGCGGCUGAUAGCAGCCCUGGAAGAAAAUGGUCUCACCAGCUUGUCUGAGGAGCUUCUGGGUCUCCAUUCCAACAAGGACUCCUCCUAGAGCCCAAAGGGUGGGCAAAUGGCAUUUGCUAAGGGCUUUAUUGCUUUGCAUGAGACUGCUGCCAGUGUCCUGGGCACGUGCCCUGAAAAUCACUGCAGGUUUCCUCAUAGUUGGGAACGCCCAUGGGAAAGGCUCAGUGCUUGCAAAAGCCAGCAUGGAGUAUCAAAGUACUGCUCUGAUGUUCUUUAUCUCAUUCUGAUUCCAGAAGUUAACAUUACCUUCCCAAGAACUGGUGGGAGAGGCUUUCAAACUGAAUUCCUUCACGACUGAAAUGUCUCAGUGAAGCAGCCAGACAGUUAAAAGAGCCCUAGAAUAGGGUAGGAGAGAGGAGAAUAUCAACCCAAGGCUAACCUGUGAUUGCAGUUCCACUGGUGUCUGCAAGGAUGGUUGAUACAGACUGCAAAUCUGGUCCCAUCUUGCCCUUAUUUUGAAGGGAAGCAGGACUUCAGCUCCACAAGGAGUAUGGUCCCAUGGCAUUUUAAUUAAGCCAUGCUAAGUCAGUGGUGUUGGAGUCUCAUCUCUCCCAGUCCUGGUCUAUGUCCUGUCCUCUCCCUUUCAGUAGCACUGGUGCUAUCCCCAAAAUGAAGGAAGCGUCUUUCUGCCAGUUUUGCUUUUGAGACCAGCACAGCAAUACAGAUCGUAAUUAGUUAGGCUGCUGUGGAACUUGCCAGAUUGCGACUGGAGACCUCUGUUUGUCAGCAAGCCAUCUGGCCAAAGGUAUUUUUUAGAAAACAUCAGAAACUUGAAAAUGACUUUUUUUUUUUUUUUAAGGCAAGAGGGUUUACUCUUGAUUUUGCAAAAGUGAUUUUUAAAGUACAUAGCCUAUUGUCUCAUUUUUAUAAAGAAUAUUUCUAAGUUCUCAGGCUAUCGCCAUUCAUGUGCACAACAUUCAUAUACAGGUAUAAGGCAGCCACUUAGUGGUGAAAACUGUUAGCUUUUAUAUCAUCUGUUAGUGCUCACAAUGAGAAAGGCUUAUUAUUCAGCAUCUACUUUCUGAGAAACUUUUUCACUGCUAUUACUGUUUUAUAGAUGACUAAGCAUGAAUGAUUUUUUUUAAUGCAAACCUUGUGCAUUUUAUUCCUCCACAAGCAACUAGCACGUGUUUCCUCCGACUCAGAGAUUCCCUCUCAAAAGUGCCAUUAAGUGCUGGAGCUCCUGGCAACCUGUGUGGAAGAUCAGCACCUUUAACAGCAUUUGCAGGCGCCUUCAUUGCACAGAGAUGAAGAAAAAGGGUUUUCCAGUGAUACUCCGUAGCAGAAUUGUCUUGAGCACACAGCAUGGAUUAGGACAAUAGCACUGGCUGUUUCAUACCUUCUUUUCAGUGAUCACUUGUCAUCUCUGGCUGUAUCUUAGAUGCAAUGAAAGCUCAAUUCUGGUUUCAGGUGGGUUCCUUCCUGCUAAAACUGUUGGGAUUUCUUUGUUUUUGUUUCCAAGUGUUGUCUGGCACAAACAUAGUAGAGGCAGUCUUCAAAGAUGCCCUAGGACAAAAUCAGAUGCAUAAGAGGGUGAGUACACAGCGUCAUUUGCAUUGAUUUGGCACUUGGUUAGGUCUUGACUCUGAAAUUAUUUCCUUUGUAUCUGGAGAAUUUUACAGCAGUUUUACUCCAGUGUGCAAAGGUCAGGUAACCUACAACAUGAAGGGCAGAAAGAAACGCUCACAAAGGAAAACCCAUUUGCAGAGACUCGUUGAAGAAAUUAGCGGGACAUCUUUACCCCUGACUUUAAUGCGGUGAAUGAAACUGGAGAGUUAAUUGUUUGGGGAAUCUACUUUGAUAUACCAGAAACUCAGCACUACGCCCGAGCCCCGAGAGCUGCAGUAGGUGCACUAGGGUGACUACCCGGUGUCGUGCUGCUUGCUGUUGCCCGGAGGAGUGUGCUCGGGCAGCCUGCAUUUCCCGUCUUGCUCUCCUCCUUGCCCGCAGGCUGUUAGUUGCGCACAUACUGCACUACUCAGUCGCCAGAGACAUGCAAGUGAUACUCCCUUGCUACUAUUUACACCGGUUAGCUCAUGCCUAGUGUGUGAGAGAGGCCACAGUUAACAUCCGUGGACAAUUUGGCCUCAUCCCUUAACAGCUCUUCUCCAUGUUUUAAGACACACCUGAGGGAUUUUUUCUUUUUUUCUUUUUUUCUUUCUUUUUUUUUUUUUUUUUUUGAGCGAGGGAGGCAGAGGUCAGAGUCAAACACGCUACAGAACAGCACGCAUUAUUAAAAGCAAAUAAAAGCAUUCACCAGUUGUGUAUAAAAAACGAAACGGACAAAAUAUAAAGCAAACAGCAGAAACCAGACCAAAAUGAAUUUGCAGAGAGGGAUCCAAGAGGGCUUUUUUGCGGUGCAGAUUGUUUUUGUAGUUUUAGCACUGUUUCAAAUUUGAAACGGGCUCCUUUCAGGCUGCCAGAGGGAAUAAACGGUCUAUCUGAACACAAAUUGGAAUGGCUUGUUUUGGCUCAGCCGAGCUGCAGCGUUCAAGCGGAUAAUAGCAAAGAGAAGAGCGAAAGUUAAAAUUGCCACUGUAUCUACUUUGACAUGAGGCAUCCGCUAGAAUUAAACCUGAGUGAACAUCUUGAUUUAAACUGGUCGCAAAGGAAAAUAUUAAACUGCCCUGGAGAGCAGAUUCAGGGAAAGCUUGACUUAAGCCCUCUUAGAUGCUUCUUAAAAAUACACCAAUUUACCUGGUUUACGAGGAGCCAGCACCAUCACAGCAGGCUAAUGAACAACAGUGAUAGGAGAGGGGCCCUGUUGCAGCAGCUUCAGUUCUCACACACCAUAACUGCCUCUGAUGGACGAGAGUGUCAUCCCAAAGCUCUGCUUGACUUAAAAAUAAAGAAAGGGUUUCCGCAUUAUUGAUCUGAAAACACUUAAAAAUGUGGAAACUGCUCCAUGCAAAGGACUUUUCCCAAUGUAAGGAAACGAUGGGUUAUUUUUUCCUGAAUUAUUAAUUUUGACAUUCAUUUCAAAAUCUACUUCAGCACUGAGGGGACAGUCUAUUGCCUGGGUCACCAUGUGCAUUAGCACGGAGUCUCCCCUCUGCAGCUCAGAGGGCACCUUAGAGCCUCCCUUGAGCCACACCACGACAGCUGCCACACCGACUCUGGAAACAGAAGCGGGCACUGUAUAUGCAGCAGCGAGCGACUGAAAUUGCUGAGUUCGUUUAACUGAGGAAUUCUUUUAUAGCCGCGAACCUCUGAUGUUUUACACCUUGAACCGAGGAAGUAUUAGAAUAGGAGUCCAGAGGGUUUCUUCAGUCUAACCCACACGCUUGGGGCGUGCACGUGGAGUCGGUGAGACACGCGGCUCCACACCAGACGAGGGUCUGGCCAGCUGUCUUUUAGGCUGAGAUGGGCCCAAGCUUUGGACUUCUCUGGAUUGAACUGAGCGAAGGGAUUCGGCCACGCGUCUCCUAUUUAAAUCAGUAGGAGACGUGUGGUUAAGUCCCUUAGUCAUCAGUGGAAAAAUCCCUUGCUGACCUUCUAAUUCCAGAUUUCCCUGAUGUUCAGCAUCAGGGCUGAAUCAGCCAUCUACAGCUAUGGACUACAACGUCCUGUGUACUCAGGUCUAGGAUAUUCAACUUCUAAGGAAUUAUCUUUUCUAUAAGAAAGCACUUUGAUUUUUUCCAAACUUUUUAUGAAUAAACAUAUACUUUGAUGAAAA